AUGGCUCCCUCCGUCGUGACCAUCGACGCCUCGGACGUCGAUAUGGCGAUCCCCUCGGCGCCAAUCUCACAGAAGCGCACUCUUCUCCUCGCACCCCCCUCCAUCGCCACCGAAGAAUCAAACCUACACGCCCUCUUCGCAACCUUCGACCGCACCACCACCGACCUCCAAAUGCUUGACCGCCUCUCUGCUGGCGUGGUCUCCUUACCCGCCAACACAUACGACCUCGUCCUCCUCGUGACAGGCACAGACGGCUCCCGACGAACUGAGGCACUGCAACUACUCGAUCGGGGCGUCUAUGCUGCCCUCGUCCCCGCCAUGAAGCCUGGUGCGAAGCUACAGACGCAGGAUAGCGGGUUUGGGCCGGCUGAGACAAUGGAGGCGGUUUUGGCAGGACUGGUGCAGACACCUUCUGGGUUUGAGAAGCCAAACCACGACGCUUCGGCGGCUGUGCCACUACGCUUUGGCGCAAAGAAAAAUAUCCCUAAGAAAACUACUCCUCCGGCCCCUGCCCCGCCAAUGAUGGGUAUCAUCGACCCGACAAAUAAUAAUGACCGCGAUGACGACGACGACGAGCUGAUUAACGAGGAUUCCCUUCUUGACGACGAAGACCUGUCACGACCCAUCAUGCCCCCCCCGGAAUGCCAACCUAAAACGGGCCGCCGCCGCCGCGCCUGCAAAGACUGCACAUGUGGUCUCGCAGACCGGCUGGAAGCAGAGGAUAAAGAGCGGCGCGAGAAGGCAGAUAAUGAUCUGAACGUGCUGAAGCUGCAGUCGGAUGAUCUGAACGAGCUCGAUUUCACAGUGCAGGGCAAGACGGGCUCGUGUGGGAGCUGUGCUUUGGGUGAUGCGUUCCGCUGUGAUGGCUGUCCCUAUCUGGGUAUGCCAGCUUUUAAGCCGGGCCAGGAAGUGCAGAUUCUUAACGAAGCGCAGUUUUGA